AAGCUGCGCUACAAAACGAAACUGCCCCAACUCUGACAGGAAGACUUUCUCCAGCUCGUCUUUAAGUCGUCUGACAGGCAUUUUUUGGCAGCAAAAAAUGCAGAGCAGUGCGUACGGGGCCUCGCUGGCUGGCGGUGCUUUCGACUUAGCCAGUUUCAUAAAACAGCCUCAAACCAUUUUGCGCUGCCUGAGCUGGUUAUUCUCCAUUGUGGUCUUUGCCAGCAUCACAGCAGAAGGCUACAUCAACCCGUCGAAGGAGGAAGAAACCAAAUGCAUGUUCAACAACAAUGACAGCGCCUGCAGCUAUGGGGUCGCCAUCGGAGUCCUGGCCUUCUUGGCUUGUGUUGUCUUCCUUAUACUUGACGGCUACUUCCCGCAGAUCAGCAACGCCAAAGAGAGAAAAAUCAUUGUUAUAGGAGAUUUGGUUUUCUCAGCUGCCUGGACGUUCCUGUGGUUCAUCUGCUUCUGCGUCCUGGCCAAUCAGUGGUCCAAGACGAGUGACAUUGCUGCUGUUGCUGGCGAUGCUGCCCGCGCUGUCGUGGCCUUCUCCUUCUUCUCCAUUAUCACCUGGGGUCUCUUGUCCUACUUUGCGUAUGGAAGGUAUCGCCAAGGCGUCAGUGACUUUGACCAGGAGUACAGAGACCCAGCCAAUGACCACAAUACUCCAUACCCGCCCGCACCGUACAGCAGCGGGCCCACAGGCUACCAGCAGUCGCCUUUCUCCCACAGCCAGGAGCAGCCGGGAGAGUACCAGCCUCCAGCUUAUUGAAGGACUGAGAUUCACACACAUGAAUCCAACAGGGGAGUUGUUUUGUUUUGUUUUGUUUUUUUAAAUAAACGUGUGCCAAUGAUUUCAUUUACAACUCAGACUGUUCUCUGCACUCCCAUUUAUUUCCUGCAGAACAUGUUUGCAUAUAUUUGGGUGCACUGAUGUGUUUUUAGUUCGUUUCAUUGUCGUGUGGUCGAUGUUUGCUGUGUCAUUGGAGUGCCACACAGGUCGGGUGAACUCUGAAAAUUGAUAUUGUUUUGUUUGAAGAAAAUUGUCUUGGUAAGAGAGAGGAUGACCGUGCCAUUGUGUCUUUGUACCAAACCGACUAUAGUGAUUUCAGUGCCCCUUUUGUUUGGCUUACGAGUGCAAAGCAUUAGUCAGCACACAGGUUAGGAUUUAGUUUGUAGCAGGGAAAUUUGCUUGGCUUAUUUAAACUGAUUUUUCUUAUGAAUAUGUUACUGUUCAAUAUUUUUUAUCACUCUCAGAUCCAAACACAGCAAUUGAAUGAGACAGUGCAGUACAUAUUUUGUUCGACCACAAAACAAACCCAUGUUAUUUAAUCAAUGGGUGCAAUGAGAAUGUUCCUUCUGUAACUACUGUAACGCCAUGUUUUUGUUCCUUUUUUUUUUUUUUUUUUUUUUUUAAAUAAUUAACCACUGAAAAAUGGCUUUUAUGCACUGAAAAGCACACUCAAUAUCUUUGGGGCAGUUAAUUGCCAACAUCUGAUCUCAGAUUGUUACUUUUAUUGUUUUAAAUCCAACUGUGCCACACUUACUACUUAGGAUUAGUAUUCAAGGGUGUUAUGUUUUGCUUUAAGGUAGCCAAAACCAUCGAUUUAUAUCAGCUACCUCUGUGGAAGUUCAAUGUGCCUUUCUUGAGAUAACCAAUAGUUUUAUUAAUUUCCAAUUCAGCAAAUGUUUCAGCCAUAAUUUGGUUUCAGGAAUUCAGUGACAUUGUGGGGAAAUGGAUAUAUUUAUUAUCUUAAUCCUUUCAGUCCAGGUACAUGACAAUCAAAAAUGCUACAUGACUUUUCUCUUGCUUUCUUUCACUGUACUUGUACCUUUGCACGUGUUACAGUUUCACUGUUGUGCUCGAUGGCUUUACAGUAAUUCCCCAUUAAAGUGCCUUUAUACAGUAUUCUGUAUCUCACACACACACACACACACACACACACACACACACACAC